GAGAUGCAAGGUAUUCCGUACCUUGCCAAAAGCACCUCUUGACACUCCCCUCAUUUCAGGUGUAGCAGUUCUACACCUGUAAAGCUGCAGACGAGAGGCUAGUGGUCCGGCACCAGCUGAACCGGUACGGUUCUUCACCUACACCAGGAUUCGUGUGAAGGAGCUUGCCUGUGGCCCACCUCGGCUGAGAUUCAGCGUCUGUUCUGCUUCAACGGAGGCUUCUGUAGAGGUAAGAGUGAGAAGCUUUGAAGGAAAAGAGAGGACAAAGCCGGAUUCUGGCAGAAGCCGGUUAUUCUUUCUACGUGCCAGGUAAUUUCUAUAGACUUUAUGUGUUUGUAUUAUACUAUUCUAUUAUCAAUAAUAAAUGGGAUAAGAGCGAUACCAAUAUUUCAUUUUUGGUUGUAUCAUCGAUGUAUGUGUGUGUGUGUGUGGGUGUGUGUGUGUGUGUGCAGGAUGCACAGGUCAGGUCGGCUUCGCCUGAGGCCGUGGCUUGAGGAGCAGAUUGAGUCUGGGAAAUACCCAGGAGUCACAUGGCUGGACCAGUCAGCCCAGAUCUUCCAGAUCCCCUGGAGACACGCUGCUCGUCAUGGCUGGAGUAUCGACCAGGACGCCACGCUGUUCAGGAGCUGGGCCAUGCACACUGGGCGCUACCGGCUGGGCAGGGACAAACCUGACCCCAAGACGUGGAAGGCUAACUUCCGCUGUGCGCUCAACUCCCUGACGGACGUAUGCGAGCUGCAGGACCGCAGCCGCAAAAGAGGACACCUCGCAUCAAGGGUGUACCGCAUGCUGCCGCCCACGACGCCGCAGACCACUCCGCCUCGCACUCGUAUGCACAACACAGGUCGGACAGACAGGUUUAUGCAACAGAUUUAUCAUUACGGAUUCAUGGUCAACCUGUCCGUCUCCAUGGAUGAAGGCAUCUGCUGCAUCAUGUCAAUGCGAGGGAAUGAUCUCUCUUCGUCCCCAGGGACCCAGUUGCCUGUUGGAUAUAGAACAGGACGUACAUUUGUGGCAGCCAGAAGCACCAAUGAGACACAACCUACGCCCGCCUCCCCGUCGUCCUCCACCAAUCCAAACCCAGCCGAGAGGAACACCUCUGCCCUGGAGCUGUGGGGGGGGAGGAGCGACCAGCAGGAGCAGACUGAAGCAGUGGUUAAGCUGAUGGACCAUUUCAACAGCACUGAACUCUGGGACCAAACAGGAGAGCAGAACGGGUGGAGAGCUUACACACAGAGAAACCACUGGCACUGUGACAGUGAGGACUUUCUCCAAACCCACUACUCAGAUAUCUAUCCAUGCUGGACUGAAUCCAGCAACUCUAUUGGACAACAACACUGUGACAAGGCAGUGGGCACUGAUUGGUCCACACCACAAUAAGAAGUGUCUCUAUCCACUGUUUAACCCUGACCUACUGGAUAAAUGUGCUAUAGAUAUGAUUUAAGAAACAAUAUUAGUGAGGGAAAUGCGCUUGCCUCUGUAUGAGAACAUUUUGAUUUUAAAUUUGCUUAUUUAUUUAACUUUUACUCUUUAUAACUCUUGAACCUACCCUAAUACCUGUCUCUGUAUCAACUUCUUAACCCCAACUGCUCCUUCAUUAACCAUCACUGUAAACCACUUUGGAUGGGAGGUUUCUGCUUUCUUAUUUGGUUGUCAGUGUGAGUUGAACAACCAAACAAGGAGAGAGAAAGAGAACUAGAGAGAGAGCCAAAGAGAGGUAGAGCGAGAGAGAAACAGAGUGUGAGGAGAACCCGACCCCAGGGCGUAUGGUUGAGCUACAGAGGUCCUGUUCCAAGCUUUGUUGUUAGCUGAAGCAAUCUGGUUCACUGGCUCCCACACAGAGAGACAUGCCCGUGCAUGAGCUGCUGGUGCAGGCUAUUGCUGAGUCAACCACUUGCCAUAACUAGCCCUUAUGUAUGGGGGGGUCAUGACUGUCUGAUCCUUGUAAGGGUAAAAAGAGGAAGUUUCUUAAUACAAAUGUAAAGGCGUUUAAUUGUCAUUGAGUGCUACUACCGUACUGUACUACCGGAAAUAAACUCUGAGCUAACUGUACAUUGUGCGUUGCGAAAGAAAGAUGUUCCUGAAUAAGAGCAAGAUAAAGGACUUUUUCGAGAA